UCCUGUUAUUCCUCUGAAGGCAGAAGUAAUAAGCAGAGUGUGCUUGGCCAGAAGAGUGAAAGGCCAUGGAUCCCAAGCAUCAGUGUAUGGCAUUAAAUGAUGGUCACUUCAUUCCUGUACUUGGACUUGGCACCUAUGCACCUGAAGAGGUUCCUAAGAGUAAGGCUGGGGAAGCCACCAAAAUAGCUAUAGAUGUUGGUUACCGCCACAUUGAUGCUGCUUAUUUGUACCAAAAUGAAGAGGAAGUAGGCCUGGGCAUCCGAAGCAAAAUUGCAGAUGGCACUGUGAAGAGAGAAGACAUAUUCUAUACUUCAAAGCUUUGGUGCACUUUCCUUCGACCAGAGAUGGUCAGACCAGCCUUGGAAAAGUCACUGCAAAAACUUCAACUGGACUAUGUUGAUCUCUAUAUUAUUCAUUUCCCAGCAGCUCUGAAGCCUGGGGAGGACAUUAUUCCAACAGAUGAAAACGGAAAAUUAAUAUUUGACAAAGUGGAUCUCCGUGCCACUUGGGAGGCCAUGGAAAAGUGCAAGGAUGCAGGACUGACCAAGUCCAUCGGGGUGUCCAACUUCAACCGCAGGCAGUUGGAGAUGAUUCUCAAGAAGCCAGGGCUGAAGUACAAACCCGUCUGCAACCAGGUGGAAUGCCAUCCUUAUCUCAACCAGAACAAACUGUUGGAAUACUGCAAGUCCAAAGACAUUGUUCUGGUUGCUUAUAGUGCUCUGGGAUCACAUCGAGAAUCAAGAUGGGUGGACAAGAGCACCCCAGCUGUCUUGGAAGAUCCAGUCAUCUGUGCCCUGGCAAAAAAGCACAAGCGAAGUCCAGCCCUGAUUGCCCUUCGCUACCAGCUGCAGCGUGGGGUUGUGGUCCUGGCCAAGAGUUUCACUGAGAAGCGAAUCAAAGAAAAUUUUCAGGUUUUUGAAUUCCAGUUGUCUUCAGAGGACAUGAAUGCACUGGAUGGCCUCAACCAAAAUAUCCGGUAUUUUGCGGCUGAUUUCACUUCUGAACACCCAGAGUUCCCAUUUUCUGAUGAAUAUUAACACAGAGGCCUUUCCCAUGUUUCAACCACGAGCUCCUGUAAGUGGAUCAUGAUGCCAGAGACAUCUCAGACGCUGGUGACUGGGCGCCUCUCUUCUUGUUAAUCUUUGCUGCUUAGCAGCCUACACUCAGCUAGAGCUACAUCCAUCAUGUCAGUGAAAUGUUGUCAAUUAAUGAAAAAUAAAAUGUUGACUUAUUAAAGAUUA